AUGCAGUUAGCAAGUGCAGUUAGCAAGCUUUCAUCAUGGCAGGGGUGCGGCUCUGUCAUCGGCGCUUUGAUAUCUGCUGAGCGCUUGGCGCUAUCAAGGUUGCCGCGCGACGAAACCGCAGCUCAACGCGACGCGCUUCACUUACGCCUCUUCCUGUCACACGAAUGGGAUGGAGUUAGUGACCUCGUCUCUUGGCUCGUCGCUCAAUACCGACCAGCCGUCGAGGAGGGAUGCAACAUAAGCAUCGAGUAUAUUAUCACCAACCUCUUAAUCCCGAGAUUCUGGGAUAAUGAUCGCGGCGCCGAUCCGACGCAAUGGAAAUUCCCCAACGAUGAGGAGGACCAGUGGGGCGCGGAUGAGAGCCCCGGAGUGACGAGAGCCUUGCGUGCUAUCUUGGUAUCUGCGUUCCCUCUGACGCGGUCGCACAGCCGUCUGGUGCCCGACGAGCUUGUUCCACGCUACAGCUGCUCGCUCCAUAACACAGAGGAGCACAGCCUCGAGUUUCCCGACCUGUCGGACAACCAGUUCUCGAACAGACUGGUGUCCGCGAUCGACGGAAACGUCCAGUAUAAGUACAAGCGUGGCCGCCUCGUUGAUAUGCGAGACGCGGCCGGGGGUAAGGAGGCCCCAAAUAUCGUCGUGCAGGGCCCUAGCUUCAUGCACGGGUCUUUUCUGCAGGGGCAUGUGAUGGAGGACCUGCUAAUUCCAACUUGGAAGCAGCAGAACUUGCCUGAGAUCGUUGCCAAGUAUAUGCAAUCCGGGACGCUCCACUACGGUGUGAGCGGUUAUCCCCUGAUGCGGGAGUUUGGUCGUCAAAUCCCGGCCGAGAAGAUCGAAGCUUUUGACGUCUGGGCCCGGGGUGCGAGGUCAACUCGGAAUAGACACUCGCACCUCCACCCUCAUCAAUGUGCGGGACAACCAUGA